UCCUUUUCAGAACAACCACAGCAAUUCUUUAAAUGGUAAGAUAAGGAAGUAAACAGAAUGGAGGGAAGCUUGGAUCUCAGGGGCGACACCGCUAACUAGUCACCGCUGAGCCAUAAAAAGUUACCAGUGCUCAGAAGGAACCACAAGAGGGCAGUGUACACAUAGAAAGGAGUCAACGCCCUCCAGAGAACAGAAAACAGAUGCUCCAGGCUGGCCCCGCCCCUCCUACCCGUGGCCCCGCCCCCUCUUUGUGGCCCCGCCCCCUCUGCCAGGGUGAGUGGCAAUCAGCGGCGCUUGGGCAGAGCGAGGCAGGAGCCCAAGGCGAGCGGGCGGGCGCGGAGCACUCCUUCAGGGUCCUACCGCCGCCGGUUUCAUGGCGCUGCUUUUCGCCGCCUGGCUGCUCCUCCUUUGGGAAGCAACGCAAGGGGCCAGCAAGGUCUUUGGCGACACCGACCAUGUGCGCAUGACCUCCGAAGGCUCCGACUGCCGGUGCAAGUGCAUCCUGCGCCCGCUCAGCAAGGACGCCUGCAGCCGCCUGAAGGAGGGCAGCGUCCGGGUGGAGGACUUCUACACCGUGGAGACGGUCAGCUCCGGGGGCGACUGCCGCUGCUCCUGCACGGCCCCGCCAGCCUCCCUCAACCCCUGCGAGAACGAGUGGAAGAUGGAGAAGCUGAAGAAGCAGGCCCCCGAGCUCCUCAAGCUGCAGUCCAUGGUCGACCUGCUGGAAGGAACUCUCUACAGUAUGGACAUGAUGAAGGUCCAUUCGUACAUCAACAAGGUGGUGGCACAGAUGAACACGCUUGAAGAGAGCAUCAAGACCAACCUCAGCCGCGAGAACGACUUCAUGAAGGAGAGCGUCUUGCACCUGAGCAACCAGAUGAAGCGCUACGAGAACUAUUCGGACAUCAUGAUGGGCAUCAAGAAAGAGCUCUCCAGCCUGGGUUACCAGCUGCUGCAGAAAGAUGCUCCUCCGGCCCCGGAGCACAAAGUCCAGGACACGUCUGGGGCCAAAGGCAAAGACGGGACCGGGAAAUAUUCGGGCUCUCGGAAGAGCCUGGGGGACAAAACCGCCCCGAGGGGCUCCAAGGAGAAGCACCCCAAAGCGGAGAGGCCGAGGAAGGAGAACGGGAAGAGCCGUGGGGCCGCGGCACAGCCGACCGCCAAGCCCAGGUCCCCGGGGCACCAGCAAGCGCUGAUCCGGGGAGUCACUUACUACAAGGCUGGGCAUCGGGAAGAAGCGGAGGAGCUUGUGAGCAGCCGGGAGUUUUCCAUGAAGGGAGCCGCAAAUGAGGAGCAGCCAGAGGAGAGCAAAGGUGCCGCGUCCACCCUCUCGGCCCAAGUGGUCCAGCCAAGAGCAGGGGAAAGCACUUCAACAGCCUCCCAUCCCAGUACAACCACUACCACCACUACCACCGCUGCCACCACUACAACCACGCAAGUGCCCAGCACCACCUCCUCGCCCAGGACCAGCAUCCGAGGUCUCCCGGGCACGGGCCUGCCCACUGGCAUUACCGAGGGGCCCGCGACCCCCAACCGUGUACGAGAGGCAGAGUGUGAAGGGACUCUGGAGGCGGUGGAGGAACCCGUGAAGCAGCACAGCUACGGGCGCAACGAGGGGGCCUGGAUGAAGGACCCCGCCGCCAAGGACGACCGCAUCUACGUCACCAACUACUACUACGGGAACAGCCUGGUGGAGUUCCGCAACCUGGAGAAUUUCAAACAAGGGCGGUGGAGCAACCUGUACAAGCUGCCCUACAACUGGAUCGGGACUGGUCACGUCGUGUUCCAAGGUGCCUUCUACUACAACCGGGCCUUCACCAAGAACAUCAUCAAGUACGACCUGCGGCAGCGCUUUGUGGCAGCCUGGUCCAUGCUGCACGACGUGGUGUACGUGGACACCACCCCGUGGAAGUGGCGAGGCCAUUCUGACAUCGACUUCGCCGUGGACGAGAGCGGCUUGUGGGUCAUCUACCCUGCGGCGGAUUACGAUUACACCCAGCAGGAAGUCAUUGUGGUGAGCAAGCUGGACCCGGGAGACCUUUCGGUCCGCAAGGAGUCCACCUGGAAGACGGGCCUGAAGCGCAACUCCUACGGGAACUGCUUCAUCAUCUGUGGGAUCCUUUACGCCGUGGACGAGUACAACACCAAGGAAGGCCAGGUGGUCUACGCCUACGACACGCACACGGACACCGAGGCCAACCCCAAGCUCCCGUUCAUCAACGAGUUUGCCUUCACCACGCAGAUAGACUACAACCCGAAGGAGAAGGUCCUCUAUGCUUGGGACAAUGGCCACCAGGUCACCUACAGACUGCGCUUUGUGGUUUGAGAGUCCCGCCCUCCAGCGUGGUUCGUGUGCGGGUGUCCCAGAUGAAGAAAGAGCCCUGGGUCCUUGUGAUGGACCAAACCAAGACCAGUCCAUGGGUUGUAGAGUUGGGUAUGGCUUAAGGCUGGCCAUUGUUUUCCAGACAAAUAAGCUUCCAUAGGGUGGCCCACUGUGUUGAAGAGCUUCCAAGGUGUUGGAGAAGAGGAAGAACUGGAGGACAGGAAGUAUCUCAUAUUAGUCUCCCUCGCCCCAUUACGCCUCUCACCUUCUUCUUCUUCAAAGGUGUCCUGCUAGAGUGUGUGUGUAUAUAUAUAAAUAUAUAUAUGUAUAUGUAAGUAAGUCGUGCUGAUCCGUGAGACAAAAUUCCGAGUUGAGUCAUAUCUUUAUUAGAACCAAACCAAAUGGAGCAGAGUUGUGCAAGUUUUUCAGUUUCCCAGAGCUCAGGGUAGGGUUUUCUUUCUGUUUCUGCCUUCUCUGGGCAACUCAAAAUCUUGCACACUACGGCUGCAUUUUGGCUGGUCCUAAAUGACAGAAUGGGUUUUUGUUUUUCUGCUAAAGUGUGUUGCUUUCCACUUCUUAAUGGGAGAACGACGCCGGCGGUGAGGUGAAGAAACAGAGUUGUGUGUUGGUUUAUAUGUUUGUGUGUGCAUGAACGAUGGAUUCCACGGGCUGGAUGCCUGAAAGCCAGAAUAAAGGCCAGUCCUUGCUUUAAGCCACA